ACAUCCCCUCUCCCUCUAAAACCCUAGAAACCAAAGCAUAGCAAAAAAGGGAGAUGUUGGCAAUGGAGGAAGCCGUCGAAGGGCGGACGGCGUCGACGAAGAAGAGGAAGAGAGUGGAGGUGGAGAUGGAGGUCUUAUCCGAGACCACCGAUCGCAUCGCCCCCAUCGUCGGCUACUUCCCUUCCGGCUACGACCCCCACAACGCCGCCUUCGCCGCCGCCGGUAGCCCUUCCGUUAGAGUGUUCCGGAACCAGAGGCAUUCCAGCCGCCUGGAGCUCGUCGUCAGCCCCCGGGAAUCCAACGUCGAGUUCGUCGGGACCAGCUACUCCGGCGAGGCAGCUGGACCCCAGCUUUGCACCUACACCCUCGGGGUCCUCGACAAGGAGACGCAAACUCUCAAGAUCUUGCCCAUCGCUGCCAACAAGAUCUUCAGGUUGGAACCACGGCUGACAAAGAACCUAUCCGCUGAUACAGAACCUUCAGAGGGGUUAGCAGAAGAGGGUCUUGCUGAAGGAAAAGUAGAACGGAAGAUAGCAGAUCUUACUAAUCUUUAUGGAACAAAGAAGGAUAGGGACAAGGAUAAUAGAUGGAGAUUGUUGAACCAACAAAGAAAUGAUCCUUCAACUCAAGAACAAUUAGCAAAUGAAAAUCUUGGUGGUGGUGGUGAUGAUGAUGACGUAGAUAAUGAAGCUCCUGAGGAUGUUAAAGAAGCAGCGGUUCCUAAUAUUCCACCUCAUGAUCGUUCUGCAAAUACACCGGAGAAAGCAUAUUUAUUGGAUGAGAUUAUGCCCAGAGCUGAACGGGCUUACCUUUUGGAUAUUCUAGAAAAUUUGCAAUACGGGGAAGAUCUUGCAUCGAAAUCUUAUCCUGCUUUUGUUUAUAAUCGCAUACACAAGCUAAGGGAGGUUCAGGAUGACAAAGAAAAGGAGAAACUUGCAUGCAUCUUGUCAUACAUAACUCAUCUUCAUGCUUUCUGGGGACGAAUAAGAUUUUCUAAACAUAAGGCCAGAUUUGUUGGCAUGACUGCAGGUGGUCCCAAGAUCCCACGCAUUAUAUAUCAAAAGUUAUUGAGGAUGUUUGUAAAUCCAGACUCAGACUUGGUAUCUAUGGAGAAAAAAGAACUUCUCAUUGGUUACAUAUUGGUACUCACACUUUUUGUGGACAAGUUCCACAGUGAUCCAUCUGAUAUUGCAAGGGACUUGAAGAUGACUGUCCACUCUCUAAAACCAUACUAUCUGCAAUUGGGCUGUAAGCUCUUUCAGGACGCUGCUUUUCAACAAGCUUUCAUGACUCUUCCUGUUCCUCUUCAAUUCCCAGAGUCUAGAAGGAAUCGUCGAAGGCGGUAGUCAUCUUCUUAUCGAUUGGAUGAGUAAUAUUUUGUUUCAUGAAACUUCGGGAGGGUGAUAACUGGAGAUGCGUGCCAUGAUUGUGGAGCUGCACGCCCCGAACAAAGUUUGGAGGAUACGGACUAGAGAAGGGCGAUGGAAAACAAAGAAGACCGGUGUUCUCUGAAUAGUGGUUCAAUGCUUUCUGUUCUCUUCUUUUUGUUUUGGAACCUGUCUUUGCUGAAGGAUCUGACAGUUAUUAGUCUCUUUCAUUUGUAUGCUGGCUUUUUCUCAUGAAUUCUUCCUAAAUUAUCUCCCUUAAAGUCGGUAUAUAUUUAUUUAUCAGAGCUGUUAUUAUUAUUUUA